ACAAAAUUAAUUUAAGAAAUUUUGCUAAACCAAAAAUAGCAUAUCGUAUAAUUAUUAUCGUUACUAUUUUUUGGUCAAUUAUUUGUUCUCAUCGACUUAUAUUUUAUGAAAUAAAAGAAAAGCUCUGUGGCAUUGUAAAUAAUAUGGCAGCAGCACUUUAUCAUGGACUUUAUGUAAUUAUUGGAGGUGGUAUAAUUCCAGUAAUAAUUAUGGUUACAACUGCAUGGCUUAUUCGUCAAAACCUUGUACAUAGACAUGAAAGACGAACACAACUAUCGUUAGGUGAUAAUCAACGAAAUGCACUCGAUCAACAAGUUCUUCGUAUAUUAUUCACGCAAAUUAUAUGUUAUAUUAUAUUUACAACUCCCCAAUUAUGUAAUUUAAUGUUUAUUACAAUCUCAACCACGCUUCCUGAUCAAUCAAAUGAAGACAUAGCUAUUAAAGCAUUUCUUACUUUUCUAGCAGAGUUAAUGCUUUAUUUAUUUCCAGUGACAUCAUUUUAUUUAUAUACACUUACAUCUCGUACAUUUCGUAAAGAAUUAAUCAAAUUUUUUCGUUCAAUAUUUUGUCGGAAUGAUAGAAUUACACCAAUAUCAACUGCUUCGAUUCCUCAUCAUCGUAUGGAAAAUAAGGAAACAAUUACGAAUCUAACUGCAAUACCAACAAACAAGCAAUAA